AUGGGGAGCGCGGCGCUGGGGGGCGGCCCGUGGGUGCUGCGGGCGCUCACCGGGUGCCUGCUGGGCGCCCUGGUGCUGGGCACGCUGCUGGGCAAUGCGCUCGUGUGCCUCGCCAUCCUGCGCUUCCGCCACCUCCGCAACAAGGUCACCAACUGGUUCGUGCUGUCACUGGCCGUCUCGGACCUCUGCGUGGCCCUUUUGGUGAUGCCCUGGAAGGCGGUCACUGAAGUGGCUGGUGGCUCCUGGCUCUUUGGCAGCCACUUUUGUGACACCUGGGUGGCCUUCGACAUCAUGUGCUCCACUGCCUCCAUCCUCCACCUCUGCGUCAUCAGCCUGGACCGGUACUGGGCCAUCGCCAGCCCCUUUCGUUAUGAACGCAGGAUGACACAGCGCCUUGCUUGUGUCAUGAUAGCCACGGCCUGGGCUCUCUCCAUCCUCAUCUCCUUCAUCCCCGUGCAGCUACACUGGCAUAAAGCCAAGGACAGUAGAGAUCCAGGCUCCUGGCUACCUGGGACACCCCGCUGUGAUGUCAGAUUGAACCGCACUUAUGCCAUCACCUCCUCCCUUAUCAGCUUCUACAUCCCCGUGGCCAUAAUGAUCAUCACCUAUACCAGGAUCUACAGAAUUGCCCAGGCCCAGAUCCGCCGCAUCUCCACCCUUGAGAGAGCAGGAGGGCAGUGGCCAGCUCCUGGCAAGGAGCCCGCCUCCUCUUUGCGGAGGUCCUUGCACAAGGAGACCAGGGUGCUGCAGACCCUUUCUAUCAUAAUGGGAGUCUUUGUUUGCUGCUGGCUGCCCUUCUUCCUGCUGAACUGCCUGCUGCCUUUCUGCCAGCCCAACCUCGAGGAGGACCCUGAAGGGCAGUCACUCUGUAUUGGCCAAACCACCUUCAACGUCUUUGUGUGGUUUGGCUGGGCCAACUCUUCGGUGAAUCCAGUCAUCUAUGCUUUCAACGCAGACUUCAGGAGGGCUUUCAGCAAUCUCUUGGGCUGUUGUUGCUGCUGCUGUGGCACACCAAAAUCCCCUGUGGAGAGGGUCAACUUCAGCAAUGAGCUGGUUUCCUAUCACCGUGACACCACCUGCCAGAAGGAAGGAGCUGUCCCAUUGUCAGUGCCUCCUGCUGCCAUCACUGCCUGGGUGCAGCCCGUGCCCCAUGCCAUAAACCUCCAGGGAGAGCACAGCAGCGAGGAGAUGUCUAUGGAGAAGAGGGUUGUGACUUCUCAGACACAGACUGCCCCUGGCAGCAGCCCCAGCAGUUGUCAAGUGCCAGCUAUUUUGCAGAUGGAUGGCAAGGCAAAGCCACCCCUGUAAACUGCUGUCCCCGGUACAGGACUUGGUCAGUGUGAGGGACCCCACUGCCUCGUCUCAGAGGGAUGAGUGAUUAAUCACUUCUCAUGCACACAGCCACCACUCAGGGAGAGUUCUCCCUGUCUCCAUGUAAGCUCCCCAGCAACAAAAGUCCCAUGCCAGAGGGAUGGAAAACACUGCUCUUACCACGCAGGGGUGAUAGGCAUAUGGAGUCCAUUCCAAAAGCAUAUAGCAGCCACACAUUUACCUCUUCCCAUGGCCACCUUCACCCCUUACUCUCACAGUCAUUAGACAUCUCCCAUGCAUUUGUUCACCCCCAUUCUACAGUCAAAUUUGAGGUAUAUAUUAAGAAUAGUGAGAUAAUUAGAUCAAAGUAAAAAAAUCGCAUAGUUCAGGCAGCCAAUCUCUUCAGAAAGUAGAAAUAUAGUAUGAUCCACAAAAUAGAGUGACCAGAUCAUCUCUGUCAACCCAUUUCACUACUUGUAAAUAUGAAGAUCAACAAAAGGCAGAGCAAAUAGGUGUUGGAUGGCCUGCAGGAAAGAGAAAACUGGGAAAACUGUGAUUGUUUCUAUCUGUGUAGGGUUCAGCAGGCAUUAAGGCAAUGCAGUGGCAUCUCAUUGCCCUCUGUUUCUCUGUCCACUACUUGAAGGUUCCGCUGCUGAUCAUUUAAUACAGUGCUCCACUCACCACCAUCCUUGCCCCAUUUUUAAUGUCCCUCACCUAUGAUGGAUUUCCUUUGAUUUUCAGGAAGA